UCGCACCUGGUCAGCACAGCACUGAGCCAAGUCCUGGCAACACCAUGGCAUUGAGUGUCAGCGUUAAGAGAGUCACCCAGCUGCCAGGGGCAGGGGAGAGGCAGGUGCAACUCAGCUUCCGAGGUUUUACUCAGAAGACCAAAAAGAUACGCUGUGGCCAAGAAGCUGUCUUUGGAGAGCUCUUUCGGUGGCCACAUUAUAGAAAGCUCAUUAUGGAAGAGAUGUUGCUAGUUAAAGUUUACAACUGCAGUAAAGUAUUCAGCAAUAGACUACUUGGUACCUUAGUCAUCAGCCUUCAGCACCUGGUAACAUCCGGAAGACUGACCAUCAAAGAGGCUCUUGUUGACAAAAACCACAGAAUCACUGGAAUAUACAUUGAAUUAGACCUGAAAUACCAACCUCCUGAUGGCUCAGCAGGAACGUGGGCUGAAGAAGACUUUGUCUAUCAGAUGAAUGACAGUUCAGAGGUUAUCAUCCGCAACCCUGGAUUUGAGGAACUGGAACUUGAGGAUGUGAAACAAGCAGCUGAUCUGGACAGGAAGGCUGCAGCACUUGGCAGGAAACUUGUAAAAGGCCUGGAGACUGAUGACGAUGACGAUUAUUAUGAUGUAUCAGACAUGGAGUUCUCAGGCAUUGUCUUCACCCCUGUGAAGAGCCGUUCGAGAGUCUUCUCCAAAUGGGACCUGUACGCUACUCCUAGGCCACAGAACUUUCAGAUUGGCAUCAAUGUAAUUGAAGCCCAGAAAUUGGUGGGAGUGAACAUUGACCCUUUUGUGGUUGUGAGAAUUGGUGAUGAAAAGAGACACACUGCGACACAGAAGUCAACCAACUGCCCAUUUUACAAUGAGUAUUUUAUGUUUGAAUUCCAUGAACCAAGAGAAGUUUUAUUUCACAGACUCAUUGAAAUUUCUGUCUUUCAUUCGAAGAAGAUCCCAUUCUUAGGUACGCUCAUUGGGACAUUCAAGAUUGAUCUAGAGACUGUUUACAGCCAGCCAGAUCACAGAUUUUACCAGAAGUGGGCUGUUCUUAAUGAUCCAAAGGACACCAGAGCAGGAAUUAAAGGAUAUGUAAAGUGCAACAUCUCUGUACUGGCACGGGGUGAUGUAAUGAGUUCUAUUCCUACUACCUCCACCAGCCAGCAUGAAGAUAUUGAAAAGAACUUGCUGCUGCCUAAAAGAAUCCCAGCUGAGCGGCCUUGGGCCAAAGUUUGCAUCAAAAUUUACAAAGCAGAUGGAUUGCCCAGCAUGAGUGCAGGAAUCAUGGGUGGUUUUUCAAAGAUUGUGGGUGAGAAGAAAGUCUUCAUUGAUCCAUAUGUGCAAGUUUCAUUUUCUGGACAACAGGGAGAAACAUCAGUUGAAAGUAACACCACGGAACCUAUAUGGAAUGAACAGAUCAGCUUCAUUGAGAUGUUUCCUCCUCUUGUUCGAAAGAUCAAAGUCCAAGUGUUGGAUGAUGCAAACAUUGGAGAUGUUGCUCUUGCUACAUACUUCAUUGAUCUGAAGCAGAUAUCUGACCCUGGAAGAAACGGCUUUAAUCCCACUUUUGGUCCCACUUGGGUGAAUUUAUAUGGUUCACCUCAGAACUCAGCUCUGCGAGAUGUCCACAAAGAUCUCAAUGAAGGUCUGGGAGAAGGUAUAUUCUACCGUGGGCGCCUUCUCAUGGCCAUUUCUGUGGAGAUCUUCAGCACUCUCCAAGCAGCAGAAAAAAAGCCUGUGGAGGUUCUCAAAGGUGCUCUAAGCAAGCUCAAAUUGAAGAAAAAAAGUAAAAAGGCCAAGGAGAAAAACAGAGUGUCUUUCAAAGCGCAACAGCAAAGCCAGGCUGAGGUUGGUGUCCCUGAGGAGGCAGAGCAACCAAGUGAGGUGAUUGUGGAGGUAGAUGAGCUACAUCCUCUCCCAGAGAAUGCACUGGGAGUUAAAGAAGAAUUCCUCCUUUUUGCCUCCUUCUUUGAAGUCACUAUGAUGGAUCCAUCAAUAAGUACCAAGCCUGUUAAAUUUGAGAUCUCUAUAGGGAACUAUGGUAAAGCUGAAGAAGUUUUGACCAAGGCUUCUAAGAAGGGUGAGAAAGAAGAAAGGAGUGAAGACAAGCAGCCUUUACUUGAACCCAGUUCUGAGGAUGAACUGGAUGUUGAAGUCCUACCCCCAAGCACAACUUUGCUCCAAAAAUCUGUUACUGCAAGCCAAAGACCAGAGCCCACAGAAUUUGACAGCUCUUACAGCUGCCUGUCCAUGCUGCACGAUAAACCUUGUGUGUAUGUCUGGAGCUACUGGGAAGACUAUACCUGGAGACUCUGCAAUUCAAACUGGAUUGUCAAAAUAGCAGAGCGUUUGGAACAUGGGCUGGAAGAUGUGGAGAAGCUCUUGAGGAGACCAAAAUCCAAAGCAGAUGAGAGGCUUCGGCAGGUCCUGGAAGAAUUUGUGGCAGGAUGUAGGCAGUAUUCACUUAAUGCAGACAAAAAGCCAAUGGCCCGUCCAAAUAACCUUGACCGCUGUCGGAUGAAGUCACUGCCACAAAACAUUGCGAGGGGAGAAUCCCAGCGCCUUAUAAGGAGGCAUGUAACUUGACAAUCACGCACCAACGUCAAGGAGAAAGUCAAUGAGGCAAAGACAAUCCUCUCAAAACUCCGCUUCCUAGCUAAAGAGCCACAGUGUACUGUCCCAGAUGUCUUGAUCUGGAUGUUUAGUAACAACAAGCGGAUAGGGUAUACAAGAAUCCCGGCCCAGAAUAUCUUGUACUCGGUGGUAGAAGAGGAGAAAGGCAAGGAUUGUGCCAAGAUCCAAACUAUCUUUUUAAAGGUUCCAGGGUCACGCACUGGAGAAAUCCUUGCAAAACUGGAAAUCUACAUGUGGCUUGGGGUAACUAAAUAUGUCAAGAACAGCACUGCAGAUCUACCUGAGGAGUUCAAACCAAUUUAUGAAAAGGCACAGCCUUCUACAAGGAUUCCAGCUUACCUCCCACCUAGUCAGCUCAACAGAGAUGACUUCAGUUACUUUCAGUUGCGAGCCCAUUUAUAUCAAGCUCGGGGGAUUCUCCCAGCCGAUGAAAAUGGCCUUUCUGAUCCAUUUGCAAGAGUGGUGUUUUCAACUCAGUGCCAGACUACAAGUAUCUUGGAAGAGACAUUGAGCCCAAUGUGGAAUGAAUUACUUCUAUUUGAUCAACUAAUUAUUGAUGGAAAGAAAGAGGACUUGAAGACAGAGACUCCGAUUGCUGUUGUCAAUAUCUUUGAUCACAAUAAAUUUGGCUCCCCAGAAUUCCUUGGCCGAGCUUUUGCUGCUCCACUGGUGAAGCUGGUAGAUGAGCCUUACAGAAAACCUGAACUCCAAUUUUUUGAUAUUUACAAAGGGCAUAGAGCAGCUGGGGAAUUGAUUGCUGUAUUUGAGCUGAUCGAAUUGGAUUAUAGUGGCUAUUUGGAGCCAUCAGUGCCCCAUGAUGUUGAGCCUAAGGAGUUAGAAUAUCUAGGGGAUCCUCGUUCUGGACGAUUCAUUAUCCCUGAGGGAAUCCGACCAGUUCUUAAGGAGUUUCGCAUAGAGAUCUUGUUUUGGGGGCUGAGAGACUUGAAGCGUGUGAACUUGUUCGAAGUUGACCAACCACAGGUGAUCAUUGAAUGUGCUGGGAAGAAAGUGGAAUCAGAAGUGAUAACAUCUUUCAAAGAGAAUCCAAAUUUCACUGAACUUGUCAAAUUUGUUGAUGUGGAGCUCCCAGAGCAGGUAUAUUUGCACCCACCCCUCAGUAUUUUUGUGGUGGAGAAGAGGGCUUUUGGACGCACAGUCAUGGUGGGAACUCACAUAGUAUCACAUAUUAUGAAAUUUGCUCCUAAAGAGCUAGAUGAAUUUGAAGAGGAAACAGACACCCCACCCAAAAUGCGGAAAGCCUCAGCUCGACCUAACAUCACUAAAACAGUGCGGAACCUUGGUGCAGCGGCUGGAAAUACUGUGCUAAACAUUGGUGCAGCGGCUGGACAGACAGUAAUAAGUAUGGGCACAGUUGCUGGUGACCUAGGUAGCAAAGUAAAUCCCCUUAAGCUUGUAAAGGCACCUCUGAAAAAAAUUCCUAUUGAUAAACUGAUGCCAACAAAGGAAGAAUUUGAGGAGGAAAAGCCUGAAAUGGAGGAACUGGAUUGGUGGUCUAAAUACUAUGAAUCAUUAAAGGAAAUGAAUAAUCUGUCCCCUAGUGAUGAAGAGGAUGGUGACAAUGAUGACCCCAAUGAUCCAGAAGGAGGGAAUCUAAAUGUUGCUUCUCUGGACGUGGAUGCAGAAGAAGACGGGACAGUUGAAGUCGAGCCAGUUCGUCCCAAAAGGAAACUAAUAGCCACAUUAAAGAUUUACAAUGCAGAGCUGGAAAAUGAAUUUGACAAUUUUGAAGACUGGCUGUAUAUUUUCCCACUGCAUCGUGGGAAAGCAAAUGAGGAUGAAGAUGGAAAUGAGGAAGAUAAGUUUGUGGGGAAAUACAAGGGUUCAUUCUACGUUUACCGGUCUGAAGAGGUAGGUGCAGAACACAAGAUUUCCCAAGGCAUCCCCAGAAACAGACCUAUUAAGGUCCUUGUCCGAAUUUACAUAGUCAAAGCAACAAACCUGACACCAGCAGACCCCAAUGGCAAGGCAGAUCCUUACCUUGUGAUUACAAUUGGGCAACAACGGAAAGAUACCAAAGAGAGAUACAUUCCAAAGCAACUCAAUCCAGUCUUUGGAGAGGUGCUGGAGCUGACCAUUUCUUUUCCUAUGGAAUCCGAGCUCAGUGUAUCAAUAUUUGAUCAUGAUUUGGUGGGAUCUGAUGACUUAAUAGGAGAAACAAAGAUUGACUUGGAGAACCGAUUCUACAGUAAACACAGAGCCAACUGUGGAGUGGCCUCACAAUUUGACACAGAGGGCUACAAUGAGUGGCGAGAUGCUUUCAAGCCCACACAAAUCCUGGAUAGUUUGUGCAAGAAGAGUGCGCUCCCCUUGGCUGAGUACAGAAAGGAGGAAGUAAAAGUGAACAAUAAGAUUUUUAAGAUCCCACCAGAAGCUUUCCCUGAAGAGGUUUUUGUGAAAGACCAGAAAGAAAAUGAAGAUGAGACAUGGUCAGCUUAUGAUGAGCACAAGGCUUUGUAUGUUCUUCAGCACUGGGAUGAAAUGCCAGAAUAUGGGCAUGAAUUAGUACCAGAACAUGUAGAAGUUCGAUCUCUUUACAGUCCAGACAGCCCUGGCCUCCAGCAGGGCUCUUUGCACAUGUGGAUUGACAUGUUUCCAAAUGAUGUCCCUGCCCCACCUCCUGUCAACAUCAAACCACGUCUGCCAGUCAGUUAUGAGCUACGUGUCAUUAUCUGGAAUACAGAUGAUGUGGUGCUUGAUGAUGUCAAUCCAAUAACAGGAGAAACCUCCAGUGACAUCUACGUGAAAAGUUGGAUCAAAGGGCUGCAGAAGGACAAGCAAGAAACAGAUGUUCACUUUAACUCUCUGACUGGAGAAGGCAACUUCAACUGGAGGUUUGUGUUCCGCUUUGAUUACCUGCCGACCGAGAAAGAGAUAACUUACAAGAAGAAGGACUCCAUCUUCUCUCUAGAGGAAUCUGAAUUCCGGGAGCCAGCAGUCCUGGUCCUUCAGGUCUGGGACUAUGACAGGAUUUCGGCAAAUGACUUUUUAGGAGCAAUUGAAUUAAAACUAAAUGAUAUGGUGAGAGCUGCCAAGAGUUCAGAGCAGUGCACCAUCAAGAUGGCCAAAGAGAAAGCCAUGCCUCGCUUCUCCAUCUUCCGAAAUAAGCGAAUGAGAGGCUGGUGGCCCUUCAUCAAACUAAAAGGUCUGGAAGAUAUUGAGCGGGAAGAGAGAGAAGCGAAACAGAAGAAGAAAAAGAAGAAAAAGAAGAAUAAGUGGAGGAGAUCAGUAAACCCAGAAGAUGUUGAGUUUGCAGACCCUAGUGGAAACAUCUUCAUACUAACAGGAAAAGUGGAAGCUGAAUUUCAGCUACUGACUGUAGAGGAGGCUGAGAAGAGCCCAGUUGGUCUUGGGCGCAAAGAGCCUGAGCCCCUGGAUAAACCAAACCGACCAAAAACUUCCUUCAAUUGGUUUGUGAAUCCAAUGAAAACAUUCAUCUUCUUCAUUUGGAAACGGUACAAAAAGUACAUAAUUGCACUGCUAGUAAUUGCUAUUUUGACCAUAUUCUUGGUUCUGAUCCUCUACACAAUGCCUGGAUACAUCAGUGAGAAGAUCAUAAAUGGCUAAGCCAUUUAUCUAUAUCUAAGCUGGGACUUGACAGUGAAAGAUAAAAAUGAUGUAUGUACUGAAGAAACUGAAAAACAUUUUAUUGCUAACUGAUGGUGCCUGGAGCACUCUGAAAAGGUAACUAAUCAAGGAAAGAAGAAACCACUCACAUCUGAACAAUCAAACUGCUCAUUCACAUCUAUGUGAUGAUUAUAGUCAUGCAAGAACCAUGAGCAUUAUUAGGUCAAAACUUGCCUGCCAUUAGUCCUGAUCCUGAAGAUUAUAAUACACUUGAAUGGAACUGGCUGUGUAGGUUCUUGCAGCUAAAAUAACCCACCGGUCACUCUGAUAUAGAAAUACUGCCAUAUGGAAAAGGACUGACUCUUCUGUUUGACAUAACUGUUGGGUUGAAUCCAGACCAAAUUUCCUACCCCUGUCCCACUCCUGAGAAAUAUGGGAUCCUGAGGAAUGUCAAGCUGUAUUGGGAGGAAUGUGGAAAUUGUCAAUUUAGUUUGGAUCCAACCCACUGUCUGCAUUUAAAGAAUGCAUUGUAUCCACAAAAUCAUGACUCUUGUGUUAAAAAAAUGUUUACACAAUUGAACUCCACGUGACCAAAGACCAACAUAUCCAGAAGGGUGAUGAUAAGACAAUAAUUUGAUUAAGUUUUUUUUAUAAGCAGAUAUAAUUUUAAGAGGGACAUGGGCAUGAACAUCAACCAGUUGAAAGAGUUGUGGCAAACAGGGAAGCAUGGAGGGGACUGAUUUAUAGAGUAUCCAAGAGUUGGAUACGACUAAUCGGAUAAAGAAGAAGAAUUUUCAAACCAUUCGGUUUUCAUUUGGUUUAUAUGAUACAAAUGGUGAGGAACAAUUCUGCAAAUGGACCAGUCUGGACAUGUUAAAGAGGGUUAAUUUCAGCAUUGCAGAAGGUGAGGGGCAGUGCAAUCCUGUGGGGGAGUCAUUGUGGUGCAUCGGGGGAUGGUUCGAUCAUGAUGCAGCCAUGCUAUCUCCCCGCAGACUUGCUGCAUUGUGAACAGCAAUCCUAAAGCAACGCUGCCCCUGCCCUAUGAAAUUGGCCUAUGUGGCUCAAUGGGAUGUGCCACUGAUUUUGCUAGUGUAAGUCUUCACCAGCAAAUAGUGUCACUUCCUUAUCCCUGGGAAGGUGACUAAAGCAGGCCCUUCCUUCGGGAAUACCCCCUUUGGCACAGGCUCCUUCACUGGUUCGUCACCCUGCUUUGCGGCUUCUCAGCACCAGCAUAAAUUCCUCCGUGCCAGCAUAAAUGCUCCUUACACCAGCUCAAGAGGCAUUUAUACUGACAUUGGGGUCAUGCUGUCUCCAGAGUGGUUUUGCCCCUCAUCAGGAUUGCACUGUAAAAAUGGCAAGGAGUGUCCAACUCCACAAUUUUUUAAGCACCCUUUCAAAUUUUGUGCUGAACCAAAGCAGAGGCUGGAUAUUGGACUAGUUCAAAUCUGUCCAACUUGUAGAUCUGUCCCACCAAGUCAAGCUCUGCCCAUUAUCCAAGUAGGAUACUCUGCUCUGAACUCAAUAAACCUCCUGUUUUCCCUGCCUGCCUGUAUCUGCAAAGCUUCAUCAUGUGAUUGGCAGUCCACAAUCCAUGCCUGGUAAUCUCUGUUCAGAUGAACUGGUCACAAAGUAUACAAACCUGAUUUAGAUCAGCUCUGGAAGAGCUUUGAGAGGUAAUCAAGCAAUAUGACUCCAACCUACAUCUUCUCAACAGUGCAAUAUAGGAAGAGGAAUAGCAGAGCUGUUGUUGGCAGAGCCAGGCAGCUGGAUUGGUAGAAGAGAUUAGCAAUCUCAUGUUCUACCAGCAAUUUUUAUUUAAUGUUCUGAAAUGGGGUGGGGGGCUAUUCUUUGUCUAACACAGGGGUCUGCAACCUGCAGCUCUCCAGAUGUUCAUGGACUACAAAUCCCAUCAGCCAGCAGGGGCUGAUGGGAAUUGUAGUCUGUGAAAAUCUGGCGAGCCGCCGGUUGCAGACCCCUGGUCUAACAGGUGCCAAUGCCGUUUUUAACAGUGUCAAUAUAUAAAGCAAUAUAUAAAUUGAAAGAAUCAUUUUUUAUGAGCAACACAACAUCACAGUUUGGAAUGAUGAGAAAAUACAUCUGUAAUAGCUGAAGGUUGUUAGAUUAUCCACAAGAUAUGAAUGAUAAUGGCAUUCCUGUAGAUGCCCAAAAUGACUGCUUGUGCAAACUAAAAUUCUGCAUGCCAUAUUGGCAGUGUACGUAAGUGAUACUGGUGUGAUUUGAUUUUUGCCAUUCCUGUAGAUGUCUCUUCAGUAUAUUUGUUGGAGUCCCUGGAAUAGGGAGGCUCAUGUAUAUUUUUUAAAUAAAUGGCUCUGUCACAUGUAAA